UGUCAUGGCCGCCCCCGUGUAGCCGAAUGCUCACAUGGUGCGCUGGUCCUGUGGGUGUCUGGCCGGUUCCCCUGGCACUAGAAGCCAGCGACUUUGGUCCCUCCUCCUUUCGCCUCCUCCUCCUCCCCGUGGGAGGUCCAGUGAUGCCGGGGGUGACGUGGACUCCGGAGCGGGCGCUGCUGAGGGGCUUCUCCACCGAGGCGGAGCGGCUGUGGAGCGAGCAGGAGCGGCUCUGUGGCUCAGGUGGGAGAGCGGUGAGGACAGGGAUGCCAGCCCAGAUAUUGGAGUUUUCUUAGACUUGCUGUUGGAAGGGAGCUAUGAGGCCAUGUUCUUACAUUCAGUGACACGAAAUAUUUUCAAUUCAACAAUGAUGGCUGAAGAAAAGAUUGACAGCUACCUGGAGAAGCAGAUAGUAAAUUUCCUGGAUUGCUCUACGGAUUUGGAGGAAAUUGAAAGACAGCGGCUGGUUUUCCUCCUUGGUGUGAGCAGCUUGCAGCUGUUUGUCCAGAGCAACUGGACUGGGCCUCUUGUGGACUUGCACCCUCAGGAUUUCUUACCACCUGCUCUGCUUGAGCAGUUUAGUGAGGUCAAAGGACUGGAUGCUAUUAUUCUGGGCCUACUCAUUCUAGAUGGUGAAUCCAUCUACAGCCUGACCUCAGAACCCAUACUACUGUUAAUAGCACGCAUUGUCCUAGUGAACAUCAGACAUAAACUAACAGCUCUCCAGAGCUUACCGUGGUGGACUUUGAGAUAUGUGAAUAUUCACCAACAGUUGCUAGAGGAGCGCUCGCCUCAGCUCUUUGCUCUUGCUGAAAGCUGUAUUGAUCAAGUGAUGAAACUAGAGGAUUUGUUUGAAGGCGAUCCAGGCCGACCUUUAGCUAUUCAGUUCCAUCUGGAAUGUGCACAUGUGUUUUUAUAUUACUAUGAAUAUAAAGAAGCAAAAGACCGGUUCAAUGCUGCUAAAGACAUCAGCAGGCUACAGGUUGAUCUGACAGGAGCUUUGGGGAAAAGGACACGAUUCCAGGAAAAUUACGUGGCACAGCUGAUUCUAGAUGUAAGGAGAGAAGAGGACGUCCCUUCCAGUCGUGAGUUCAGCCCAGCACCCACCCCCCAGGAAUACUUAACCAAGAAUCUUGAGCUCAACGAUGAUACCGUUCUGAAUGAAAUCAAGUUAGCCGACAGUGAACAGUUUGAGAUGCCUGACCUGUGUGCUGAAGAGCUUGCUGUCAUCCUUGGAGUCUGCACAAAUUUCCAGAAGAACAACCCAGUUCAUAAGCUAACGGAGGAGGAGCUGUUGGCCUUCACAUCGUGUUUACUUUCACAACCGAAGUUCUGGGCCAUUCAGACGUCAGCCUUGAUCCUGCGGACAAAGCUUGAGAGAGGAAGCACUCGGAGAGUGGAGCGGGCCAUGAGGCAGAUGCAGGCUCUUGCAGACCAGUUUGCAGACAAAACCACGCCCGUGCUGGAGCGUCUGAAGAUUUUCUACUGCUGCCACGUGCCCCCUCACUGGGCUGUCCAGCGCCAGCUUGCGGCUUUGCUCUUUGAGUUGGGAUGUACCACUUCAGCCCUUCAGAUAUUUGAGAAGCUGGAGAUGUGGGAAGACGUGGUCAUCUGCUACGAAAGGGCUGGGCAGCAUGGGAAGGCAGAAGAGAUCCUUCGGCGAGAACUGGAGAAGAAGGAAACGCCAAGCUUGUAUUGCUUGCUUGGAGAUGUCCUGCAAGACCACUCCUGCUAUGACAAGGCCUGGGAGCUGUCGCGACACCGCAGUGCGCGUGCCCAGCGCUCCAAAGCCCUCCUCCAUCUUCGGAACAAGGAGUUUCGGGAAUGUGUGGAGUGCUUUGAGCGCUCAGUGAAGAUUAAUCCCAUGCAGCUUGGGGUCUGGUUUUCCCUAGGCUGUGCCUACUUGGCCUUGGAAGAUUACAUGGGUUCAGCGAAGGCAUUUCAGCGCUGUGUGACCCUAGAACCUGAUAAUGCUGAGGCUUGGAACAAUUUAUCCACUUCUUAUAUUCGAUUGAAACAAAAAGUCAAAGCUUUUAGAACUUUACAAGAAGCUCUCAAAUGUAACUACGAACACUGGCAAAUCUGGGAAAACUAUAUUCUCACCAGCACCGACGUCGGGGAGUUUGCGGAAGCCAUUAAAGCUUACCACCGGCUCCUGGACCUGCGAGACAAAUACAAAGACACUCAGGUCCUUAAGAUUCUGGUUAGGGCAGUGGUUAAUGGUCUGACCGAUCGAAGUGGAGACGUUGCCUCCAGCCUCAAAGGGAAGCUGCAGGAGUUGUUUGGCAGAGUGACCUCAAGGGUGACCAACGAUGGAGAGAUCUGGAGACUGUAUGCCCAGGUACAUGGAAACGGGCAGAGCGAGAAGCCUGAUGAGAACGAGAAGGCAUUCCAGUGUCUCUCGAAGGCCUACAAGUGUGACACACAGUCCAACUGUUGGGAGAAAGAUGUUACAGCAUUUAAGGAAGUUGUUCAAAGAGCCAUGGGACUCGCACAUGUGGCUAUAAAAUGCAGUGAGAGCAAGUCCAGUCCCCAGGAAGCUGUGCAAGCACUCUCCUCAGUUCGGCUCAAUAUACGCGGUUUGUUGUCCAAAGCAAAGCAAAACUUUACAGAUGUGGCAAGUGGCGAAGUCUCUGGAGAGCUAGCCAAUGAAAUAGCAGCUAUGAACGCUCUGCAGGCCGAGCUGCAAGACCUCAGCAACCAGCUUCGAAACCGAACAUCUGCAUGUGCCUCUACUGGAUCAUGGACAGCUUUCUCCUCAACCCAGGGCCCUUGGGAUUAAGGUUCCCACCUUAUGAGGUCAAGGGAUUGCACACCACACAGUAAGCACGUGCAAUCUCCCUUUUGCUUUAUAGUGUUAAUGAAUGGACCUUGAACAAUGCUCCCCAACACCAAUGGAAAGGCAAUGCCCCUCCCUCCUGGGGCUGGCACUGCUACAGCUGUCCUGUAGGACGGGAGACGUGGAUCCCUAACCCAUUCUGAGAAGUCCGCUUGCCAUUCUGGCUAAAGAAACCUCCUUGGUGAAUCUCUCUUUCUACUUGAAAAUUUUGUACCCUAUUGGCAAAAUAAAAUUUGAGAAGUUAAUAAAAGUGA